AUGGUAGGUUUCUGAUGUCUUUGUGUACUUUCUUGAUGCCUGCAAAGUACUGUUUGCAUUAUUUUUUUCUGAUUUACGUAUUUUGCAAAACAAUAAUUUUUUUUAUUAAACAGGGAUCUCUCGAUAUAACGCAUCAAGGGGAGUGAAAAAUCGUUCGCUAUAGCGGGAUUUCGUUAUUUCGGGAGCUCUUUUACUUAGGAAUCAGGACAAAAUGUUUGUUCACGAUCUUUAAAAAAUCGUUAUAACUUUUGUUGUAAACGGAGUCUUAUUAGCGAGUUUUCACUGUAUUUUAAUUCUUAAUAACUUUUUUUAUAAAAAAUAUUGCCAAAGAACUUCUGUGGCAAAAAAAAGCUUUUACAUCUUUUUACCACACGACGUUCCUGUUUGUAUGUUCAUAUGUGUCACGAGGCCCAUUUACGUUUUUGUGGUAACUUAAAUUCCCGCCAAAGCAAAAAAAUAUUCAAAUUAAAUUAACGUAACUGACUUUUAUUUGCGUUUUUAUUUGUUUAGGAUUGGUUUUGUUUUUUAAACUAAACAUCACUUUUUUUGGAUUUUUACGAGCGACACGUUUAUAGCGCGGAGAAAGUUUUAGAAAAAGCGGUUGUACUUUUGGAAAUCAGAUGUCUAUUUAAAUUCCUUCGUUCGGCUGUCUGUCAAAAUACUGCAUAAAGAACAACAAAACUUUUUAAAGCUGACCGUUUAAAAGAAAAGAUUUUUUAAUUCUAUGCAAUCCUUUAUCACUUUAUAGUAAACCUUAUUACAAAGAACAAAAAAUAUAUUGUCCUGGAGUGAAGAUUCAGAACUAUGACUAACGCAACCUCAAAGACGAUAUAAAAACAGAUUUUAUUAUUCAGUUUAUGUUCAUGGUUUUUAUUGUUUUUAUGGGUUUCUUCCGUCUUUGGAAACUUAUCGUUUUUUCUCAAUUGUCUUUUAGUUUUGGCUCACUUACUAUUAAGCAAAUUCACUCUUUGGCUUACUUAGCUAAUUAUUUUGUUGGGCUUAAACGACCUUUAGCAGUAUGGUAGAUAGAGGCGCUAACUCAAAGUAAUAAUGUACUCAUUGUCUAUGAUAAGUUUAAAAUGUCUGUUUUGAAUAUAAAGUAAAAAUUAAAUUUUAUUAUUUUUUUAUGGAAAUCAGGUUUACACUAAUGAUAUAUGUCGUUUUGAUCAUCCAAUAACCCUUAUAUGCUGGUAAAAUUAGCUGCCAACCUGUAGGAAAAAUUUUCAGUAUCCCAAAAAAUUCUCCACGGUACUUAUUUGAACGUUUCACCUAUAAAAUCGAAAAAUCAGUCGUAAAGUUCAAAAAGUAUUUAAUAACAGAAGAAAUUGCAAAAUUGUUUUUUAUAUAAUACUACUAGUUUUUAAGUCAUUACCAAAUUACUGUGCCAGUGGAAAAGUAAAUCGUCGUAUAUUUUGAUCGGUUUGUCAAAAACUGAUAAAAUCGUUUUUCAAACCCCUCUUUCACAUCGUAAAAUUGGUUUUUGAAUCUUUUUGUUUAAUUGUACACUUUCACAUACUGUGAAAAUAUCUUUGAAGGACUUAAACUUUUUUCCAAAGAUUAUUGGCGGAUGAUUUUUUUGCUUUAUAUCUUAGAAUUUGUUGCUUAUUAAAACGAUAUAUAGCACUAGUAAAACCGAUUUUUAUUUUGUGCCGAUCCCUAGCAGUGGAAGUGAUAUUAGCCGCAUAAACAAAAAUGUAUACAAGAAAAAUUUUUUCCAUAUUUUUUUGUAAGUUCAUAUUACUAUUAAAACGUUUCCACAAAUUUAGUUUAAGCAAUGUUCUUUAAAGACUGUAUGUCACCCUGACGCAUUUUCUGUAAGUUCUGAAAACCGUAGAUUUUGCGAAAUUUUUCUUUUUUUUCGCUUGAAAUUUUGAGGUUUAGGACAAAGAAAGAGUCAAAACUGCUCUACUCAGUUUCUUGUUUGUCAUCUUGUGCUUUUAAUAGCAAUACUUAUUGUAAACCAUCUAAUUUUAUAACGUUUUCAGGCAAAAUUUGAGGCGCGCUACGGCCGCGUGGAGGAAUCCAAGGAGUCGGCUGCUAAAAAGGCCAUGGCCAAGGCCGGGGAAUCUAUACAGCCCCGUGUUUUGUUCAAAUUUGUGUCGUCGUUGCUGCCGAUUUUGGAAUGGUUACCAAAUUAUCGAUGGAAAGAAGAUUUUCUCAGUGAUUUGAUUGCUGGUGUCACAGUCGGAAUAAUGGUUGUGCCACAAGGUAAGUAGACAUUGAUUUGCUCAAAGUUGGACGCAAAACGUGCAGCAUAUUGUCAGGAAUAGUUUUUACUAUUUUAGUUAUUGUUUUUUAUUUUUUGGUUAGGGUUUUGAAGAGCUUUCACGUUAAUAAUGUCAUUUUUAACUUUUUUUACGUUUUUAGUUUAUAAGAUUUGUUGAUUUUUGUUAUUUAGCUUGUUUUAAUUAUGAAGUUAUUUUAAUUAAAGUUAAUAUAAUUAAUUAAUCAAUGAUUUUUGUGUUUGAUGGAUUUAUAAAAGAACUUUAUGUGACACGUUGUCAAAACAAUGUAAAAUUGGAUUCUGUUUAAAGCACGUUUAAAUAGUUUCAAUUAUGUUAGUUUGUAAAAUGGUAUUUUUUGCUUUUUUCUGUGUAUUUAUUUUAACAAGUUGGUACAUGUUUUAACAUAAAAUGGUUCAAAAAGGUUUAAAAAUAGGUUUUUUCAGGUAUGGCGUAUGCGAGUUUGGCCAACGUUCCGCCUGUAGUUGGUUUGUACGCCAACUUUAUUGCUAUUGUCAUAUACAUGUUCUUUGGGACUUCAAAACAUAUAUCUGUAGGAACGUUUGCAGUCGCUUCAAUGAUGGUUGGAAAUGCGCAAAUAGUACAAUUUGAGCAUAAUAAUGGUAAUCUGACAGCUUGGGAUCCUCAGAUGACAAAAUUUGGAGUUGAAAUUAGCCCUUUGGCUUUUACUUCUACGUUAACAUUGGGUGUUGGUGUGGCUCAAUUGACAAUGGGGCUGUUCCGACUGGCUUUUUUGACCAAGUAUAUAUCUGAUCCAUUGGUUUCUGGUUUUACUACAGGUGCAGCGAUGCAUGUAUUUAUGAGCCAAGUGCCGAAAGCCAUGGGUGUCAAGAUACCAGCAACCCCAGGCAUUGGAGAACUUGUUAAGAAAGUCGUUCAUUGUAUUUUAGCUAUACCAAGGAUUAAUUGGGUUACGUUUUCAAUUGCUUUAGCUGGGUCUGCGUUUUUAUGGCUGGGAAGAGACUAUUUGAAUCCGCCAUUUCAACAAAGGUUCAAACUUCCAAUUCCAUUUGAAUUGAUAUUGGUUAUUGUGACUAUUAUGGUAUCACAAUUUAUUGGAUUGAAUGAAAACUUUAAGGUUUCUAUUGUUAAACACGUUCCUAAUGGGUAAGGCCUUUUUAUUUAGUUUUCCUUUAAUUUUUAAAGUGGUAUUGGAUGGUUGUAGUGAAGGUUUCGCCGUAGUGUUACAGUGAACUCCCGAUUUAAUAAAUCGCAAGGGGAUUAAAAGAUUAUUCGCUAUAACGGGGGUUUUGUUUUAAGCGGUCUCCUAUUAACGAGGUUUCACUGUAAUUUUGGAUAACAAAAAAUUUUUAGUUUUUUAUAAAAAAAAUUUCAAUAUGAAGAAAAUGUUUAGAUUACCGCCGUUUGCCUUGCCAAAUUUAUCGAUUAUUCCGCAUAUCAUACCAGAUAUUAUCUCGAUUUCUAUUAUUUGCUUUAUGUUUGCCUUUUCUAUGGCUAAACUGUUUGCUAAGAAGCACAAGUACAAGGUUGAUGCUAACCAAGAACUGCACGCUUUGGGUAUUGUGCAUGCAAUUGCUUCUUGCUUUCCGGUAUACCCGGUUGGUGCAUCAUUAUCAAGGUAGGUUUACCAUCUUUAUUGAUACUAUCAGGGGCGUCGCUACGGUUUUUCUGUGGGGGGGGGGGGGGUAGCUAGCUACCUGUGGACCGAUUUUUCAAAAAUUUUUUUUUCGUUUUUCCGCGUACAGGUACCUACCUGUGGAUUUUUUUUCGGAUCGGCUCUACGGGGGGGGAGUCACCCCGAACCACCCCCAAACGACGUCCUUGGAUACUAUGAAUUUAUUUUAAGUUUUUUUAGAAUUUCCAGCUAAGAUUGAUGGUUUAUUUUUUUUGUAAAAAAUAUAAAAAUUGUGUUUUAGGUCUUCACUGUGUGAAUUAGCUGGUGCUCGGACUCAACUUAAUGCUAUUUUUACUUCUACUUUGUUAUUUUUUGUAAUUAUGUUUAUUGGUCAUUUGUUGGAACCACUACCUAUGGCUGUACUAGCUGCUAUUGUCAUGGUAUCACUUAAGUCUUUGUUCAAGCAAUUUGCCGACAUCCCAAAGCUGUGGAAACUUUCAAGGAUUGAUUGCGUAAGUUUUUAAAUAUAGCAAUGUUACAUGAUUUAAAUAAUUGAAUUUAUACUGUGGGAUAACGGAGGUAAUAUAUUUUUAAAUUUUAGAUAACUUGGAUAGUGGCUUGCUCGACAACAAUUCUUCUUGACGUCACAUUAGGUUUAGCUAUUUCAGUUGCUUUUGUCAUUAUGACAUUGGUUCUUCGCGAGCAAUGGCCUCAACUUGACUGGCUAGCGUCAACCGAAGAACACGACGUUUUCAAACCGGCUGGAAAGUAUCAAGGUUUAUUGUCAACCGGAGAAACUGAUGGAGUGAAAGUUUUGCGUUUUGGAUGUCCGUUACACUUUGCAAACGUUGAAAAAUUGAUUGAUUUUGUUAACGAUUACUUUGUUCAAGUGGCGACUAAUCCUCCAGCUGCUGUUGAAGUAGAUAACAAAAAUGAAAAGGUAAAAUAUAUUCAUGGUUUAUUGUUAGAAGUUAAUGCUGAUUUAUUAAAGAUUUAAAGUAUUGAUUAAGGAAAAAAUAAAAAAAAUUUCAUUGUGCGUUGUUAUUGGUUUAAACGUCUUUCUGUCAUUGAAUAGUUUCUACUACAGUGAACUCCCGAUAUAACGAAUCAAGAAGAAAUUGAAAAAUUGUUUGCUAUAGCGGGGUUUAGUUAUAUUCGGAGUUCUGUAAGUUAAGAAACAGUGCAAAAUUUUUUUAAGGGAGUUUAAAAAUGUUAUAACAAGGGUUUCGUUGUAAACGGAGUUUUAUUUUAUUAACGAGGUUCUACUGUAUUAAACUUACAAAGAAAGUUCGCGACCUGCAACGCUUAGAUUUUGUUCAAAUUUUUUGAAUUGAAAGAUUAUGUAAAUGUAAGAUCUUACGCAAAUUCUAAGUUGCGGUUUGCAGCCAGACUUGAGAAAAUCGAGAUCAAAAAAUCGCAUUUUUAAUUUCCUAUUAAAUUGGCAUAGUGUUUCAAGCUUUUAACUUUCUUAUUUUUUGAAUUUUAACUAUUUUUUUAAAUGUAAUAAUAGGAAAGCGUCAAAUGAACCUGAAAUUUUAAAUUCGUAAAAAUUAUCUGGAAUAUCAAAAAAAGUGUUUGCAACACAAUGUCAAAUUGACUGGAAAUUUAAAUAUAUUAAUUUUAAAACUUAAAUCCGCGAGUUGAGAUUUUUUAAAAAUGUGUUACUGGUACUACAAAGAAUCUGUAUAAAAGUUUUGAGCUAAAUCUGAGAAUUGCAGGUUCGGUACUUUUGUUGUUGACCAUAAAAGGAUAAAUUAUUUAUUAAAUACAGGUUUUUGUUUUUUAGGUUGCAUUACAAAGUCAAAGACCAUUCAAUACAUUAAUUUUGGACGGUGGAGCAAUAGCAUAUGUAGAUUCGAUGGGAAUUGAAGCCUUGGUGGACUGCUUCAAAGACGCCAAAAAAGUCGAUGUUAGAGUGUUUUUUGCUGAUUUUUCGGGUGAGCAUAUUUAUAUUUAUUGAAAAAUUUUGGCAUAUUUCUAAAGCUUAAUGUCACGGUGGAUUAUCGCCUAAUUGAAGCUUAAUAUUCUAGAAUUAAAAUUAAAUGAAGCGGUAGUUAUUAGGAUGAACCUUACUAACUAACUACUAUUACUUUUAGUUAGCAGCCAACUAUAAAAAAGAAAAAAAAAUUAAAAAGCCCCUUUACAACUGGGUGGUGAGACUGUUGCCUUUUUUUAUCGUCAGUCUGCUUCAUGAAAGUAUUUUAAUGAAUACCAAAAAAUUGCGAAACGCCUUGUAAAUUUUAUGUAUGUAACCAUUUUCUAAUAAAAAUGUUGUUACAGGUUAAAAAUUUUUUUUUGAAUUUGAGGAAUAUGACCGGUUCUUUUUGGUUCAUCCUAAUAAUUACAGAUUCCGGAAGAAUACGGAAUUAUCUGUCUGAUAAGUUUAUUAAAGGAAAUGUCACACAAGUUUAUUUUUUCGAAAUAUUGCGAUUUUCCUUUUUUGUAUCUAGUAUGAGUACGUUUUUUUAUUAAAGCAAAUGGUUAAGACACCUAAAGGUAAAACAAUACUUACUACUUACUUUUUUCACGGUUUUGGCUGUUAUAGAUAAUUUUUUUUCAGACCUUGUAAUUGAUUCUCUAACUAGAGCCGGCUUUUUCCAAAUAGUACCAAAGGACCAUUUCUUUCCCACCGUUCGUGAUGCCGUAGAAACUGCCUGCACUAACUAA